AUGGAGAAUCAGCAGCAGCAGAAUCGCCCGGAUCCGGAAGAGGACCAGGACCAGGACCAGGACCUGGAGGAGGAGGAGGACCCCGAAGAGUGGAUGUCAACGGGACGGGGGUCGCCCUCGCCGUCGGUCNUGUCAACGGGACGGGGGUCGCCCUCGCCGUCGGUCACUUCUGAUUCCUGUUCUGCUUCAGCAGCCGCCGCCGUCUCUUCACCACCUUCUUCAGCACUGAUUCCAAAAACUUCUUCUUCUUCUGAUCUCAGCAACACAAUCACCGCCACAACAACAACAGCAACCACAACGCUGCGUUCUACUGACUCCUGCUCCUCGCCCUCGACGAUGACAACACUGCUCCUCGACAGUCUGGAGCAGUUUGGAGAGGAUGCCAAGGACCAUGUCGGCGACGAUGACACCGCCGACGAGGACGACGACGACGACGA